AUGUGGAUCAACAAUCAAAGCUCUCUAGAUGAUUUCAUCCUAUUGGGAUUUUCUGAUCAUCCCUGGCUAGAGACACCACUCUUCGUAAUCUUUCUGGUGGCCUACAUAUUUGCCCUAUUUGGAAAUAUCUCCAUUAUCCUAGUUUCCCGCCUGGAUUCUCAGCUUGACAGUCCUAUGUACUUUUUUGUCUCAAAUCUAUCCCUUCUAGAUCUCUGCUAUACAACCAGCACCGUCCCACAGAUGCUAGUCAACCUUCGGGGACCAGAAAAGACCAUUAGUUAUGGUGGUUGUGUCACUCAACUCUAUAUAUUUUUGGCCUUGGGUUCCACCGAAUGUAUACUUCUGGCCAUCAUGGCCUUUGACCGUUAUGCUGCCAUUUGCAAACCCCUUCACUACCCAAUCAUCAUGAACCAGAGACGUUGUAUCCACAUGGCUGCUGGAACCUGGAUUAGUGGUUUUGCUAACUCCUUUGUCCAGUCCACUCUCACAGUAGUGGCCCCAAGAUGUGGACGGCGGGUGAUAGACCAUUUCUUCUGUGAAGUUCCUGCCCUUCUGAAACUAGCUUGCAUUGAUACUAGUGCGAAUGAAGCUGAGCUCAAUGUGCUCGGGGCUUUGCUUCUCCUGGUGCCACUCACCUUCAUCCUGGGCACUUACAUGUUCAUCGCUCGAGCAGUAAUGAGAAUCUGCUCUGCUGAAAGUCGCUGGAAGGCUUUUAAUACUUGUGCUUCACAUUUGCUGGUGGUUUCCCUCUUCUACUUUACAGCCAUCAGUAUGUAUGUCCAGCCCCCCUCCAGCUACUCUCGUGACCGGGGAAAGAUCAUGGCUCUCUUCUACGGCAUUGUCACACCCACCCUCAACCCAUUCAUCUAUACAUUGAGAAACAAGGAUGUGAAAGCUGCCCUAAGAAGGGCACUGACUAAGGAGUUUUGGGUCAGGACAAGAUGA